AUGCAGCAAGGGCCUGUCCAUCUUGUCGGCUCGAUCCUCGAGCGGAAGCCUCGCGCAACGCCUUUGGCGCCGUCUCCGAAGCCUGCCUCAGGAAAGACCGGAUUCCCCGCAGUUCAACAUCGCUCUCAAAGUGCAUUCGCCAGGUCUAGGGAACAGCAAAAGCGCACGCCUUCUGCCCGAUCCCAGCAAGUCCCUGCUGUCCAGAAUGUUCACGCUUCUGCGCUGGAAGCAGGAAAUGGGAAUACGGACGAUUGGCGCGAGCAGAUCGAUGAGGAAAACCGGCGGCGAGUGGAAGCGAUGUCUGAGGAGGAACGAGAGGAAGAGAGGAGGGAAAUUCUGCAACGGUUCGGACCCAGCGUAAGUGAGACUUUGAGGAAAGUCAGGGAACUCAGGGAGAAAAAGCGGCUGGGUUCCGAAAGACGAGAAACGGAGGGCACUUCCGUCACGAAUCGGGGUGCGCCGGACGGUACGUUUGGUCAGAAUGUGAAACUCACCUCUGCCCUUACAUCCUCUUCAGGAAAGCCAUCACGACCCUCUAGUCCUCCCUCGGCCAUGUCUAGGGGGGGAACACGGCCUUCCAGCAGGGCAGAUCGCAGCGUCCGUUUUGCAGAUAUCACGUCCAAGGAUAUCCAUGUCUAUGAAUCCGCUCCUCCUUCUCCUCGCAGGAGACCCCUUGCAUUGCCUCCUCCGUCCGAUGCGGACGGACCGACAAUUUCCCUCGGUGAGUGGGCGCCAACUAGCCCAUCUGUCCGUCGUCGAGAACAAGGACCCUUCUUGCCAGACGCUCAGUCGCCGCCGCAAGUUGAGGAGGGAACGCCGGAGGAUAUCCGCCGACGCUUCUUCCCCACGGCGCUGGCAAAUGACCCAUCCCUCGCUUGGAUGGAGCCAUCUAGCGAUUCGCCUGCUACUCCUUCCACUUUGCGCUUUGACUUGACCGGUGCGCCCAUUCCGCCCGAUGUGUCGGCGGUUCUUCCUACGCAUCUUGGUUUGCAUCAUCAUGCGGAAGGCGUACACGCUGGAUAUAGCUUGGACGAACUAUUCUUACUCUCGCGAUCUACUGUACCCGCCCAACGGGCUGCCAUCAUCGGAGUUUUAGCUCACAUCGCAAGGAGAUUGAAGAAUGGUAAAACUGUGCAACUUUCUGGGCAAGAUUCCGAUCUCCGGAAACGAAUUAUGGCUGCUGGUAUCGAAGCUCUUGCUGAGCGCGGAAGUGUCGGAGCUCGUGCAGUGGAGGUGCUAUGGGAGUGUAUUGUCAACUGGCAUGGAGACGUUACCUCCAUCCAGUCUAUAGAAUUGGAAACUCUAGAUGGCGCGUCGGAAGAGGAUCCCAUUUCUACUCUGCCAUUGGAAUACAUCCUGUCUCAAGCUUCAAGCGCACUGGCUAUAAGAGCCCUCCCUGGAGAAUCUCUCACACAAUGGCUGGCUAUUCUCCAUCGGCUUGGGCAACAUUCAAAUGCUAUCGCGAACUCUAUUGUCUCAACUUCAGGCUUAGUGGCAAGUGUCGUUCAAGCGUUCCUACUUACACCUAUCCCUCCUUCAUGUGACUCUCCGCUUCCCGAUCCUUUCGCACUGGAGCUGCUAGUUACUCUGGCGCUUGCAUCGCGAGUCAACGCCUCGGCGCUAUUGGGUCCUGCAGAUGCACUUCUGCGUUAUGUCACCACGCUUCCCACCGUGUCCUCGUAUCCACUGCAUCUUGCCGUUGCGCUGCUCACGGGAACUUUACGUUUGUACACGGCCUUUGCCUCCUACGGGCUCUAUGCACACGUUGCGACCACUGCAGCCGAACACUUUUCGCAGAUCGGCAGGUAUAUUGCCUCCGCGGAAUGUACGUCCAAGCAGCUAAGAGAAACGUGGUAUGAAUUGUUGGCGGCAUGGAUGGUCUGCGCAAGAGAUCCACAUCGUACCACGCCGAGUCAUGAUAUAUUGUGGAGCCAGGUUGUGGGCUGGGAUUGGGGAGAGGAGGUCUUAGAGACAAGACGGUGGCUGACUGCAGAAGAUCAUACGACGUGGGCUGCGAUUUGGAGAGCUGAAGCUGCUUGGUUGGAGGGUGUUCGGGUGAACGAGCCUAGAUCAGGACAGGAAGCGCGUUCAACUGCGCUUGGCGCGUUACAAGCUGGCUUUCAGAGUGGCGUCGAGAAGGACGUGGUAGAACGUUCGCAUCAAAUGCUGGGUCAGCUUUUGGACUCGAUAAGUGGUGACAGCAUUCGUUCGCCUCGGCACAAAGAUUUGAUCACGCUGAAUGCGACAGCUGGACAUGCAAGUGCUUUGGCAGCUGUUAUGCGCCUCUGGUUAUCCUGCUUGCCCCCACAGCUUUCUGAGCCUCCCGAGUCCCCGCCCUUCAUACUACCGUUCAGUAAGCUCUCAAGCCUCUGUUCGCAAGUCACCCUGCAUCCGAUAUGGGCAUCUGUCUUUUCCUCUGAUGUGCCGUAUACACUCGUAUUCUGCCGGCCAUUGGCGUUGCUACUCUCUAGUUAUCUUGAGCUAUCGCGGCAAAUUCCAGGAAUCACGCAGAGUGUGUGGAUAGCUCAGGCAUUUUCGAUAACGCUCAGAUUGUUACCGGGAGACGAGGAAGACGCCCAACGCAAUCUCGGAUAUGCGCUUGACCUCAUUACGGCUGACUUUGUGAAUACUCGCUCAUGGGACGUGCCGGCCAUCAUAUGGGAGAAGGGAGGCAUGCAGAUUGUAAAGCCUUUUCUCGAUUCUCGUUUACAACCCAAAGAAGAGAUAUCCGUAGGGCCCAUAUGGAUCUCUCCACGAUCUAUCGCUGUUGCAAGCACCCAGAGAUUACCUCCCGCACAAUCCCUCAUCCCUGAUGCUCGACACAACUAUCCGUUACCGCUAGCGAAAGAUUGGCUGUCUGCACCUAUAGACAGUCUCCUUCGGUCAGGAGAUUCUGAUGUAUUCAAGUCAUUGCCUCUUUCCUGGGAUGCAUCAGAGUCGGAGGUGGUUCGCUUGAGUCUUCUGCUUGCUAAGAUUCACCGAGAAAUUCUAUGCACCCAUGGAAUGCACGCUCUUAUUCCUAGUCGCGAGGAGACGUUGUUCACAUGCAUGAAGGUGUUCAUGCUCGAGCACGGACAGCAGCAGAAUGAUUCGACCGAGGAAGUAUUCCGAGAUGCAAUCGUGGGGCGCCUCAUGGACGAACUCGUCGCCCCUUUCGCGGCUGGGACGACUACGAUGUCUCUGCAACUUCCCUCUCCUGAGAUCCCAGCGCAAAACCUGGAGUCGGUGGCAAAGCGCUUCCUUGGGCCAUCUACCCCCUUCUAUCAAUUCUACACCGACUUCGUCGGCUUGUACGAUGCUAUCUCUUUUGCGCACCCUCUUUUCGCGCGCCUUUUGUUGCCUCCAUUGUCGAUGCGAUAUUCGCUUGACUAUCGUAAAUACCUCUGGGCUGAUUAUGCCCAUGUACUCAAAACCAUCCGCAUCCCCGUCGAUGCGGUGCUCACGGGUAGCAUUGGCGAAUACCUUUGGCCAGUCGAGGGCGAUGCUGAGGUACUCGGGUCAUAUCUACGCGCGCUGAUCAGGGGGUUGUUGGAUGGUGUCCUCCGGUUCAUCGCAGUUCAUCAUAUCGCUUGCAACAUCUGGUCUGAUCUGAAUGAAAGCGUAGAGGACGACAAGGGGAAGAAGCUACUGCAGACCCUCGUAGACCAAGCGGGCUUCGAUGCUAUUCGAGAGGUAGUUUGUUACCGGCAGGUCCAGGCUGGUAUGGUUCUGGUGCCUCCCACCUGCUUUGCGCAAGUGGGCGAUUGGAAAUCGAUGCGGUUGGAAUUCGUCAAGAGAACUGGAGGCAAUUCCAUUUACGACAGGCUGAAAGCGUUAUUAGAGAACUGA